AUGUUCGCAUGCCAAAAGGACGCAUGGAAUCGGGGACAUAAGCAUGAGUGCAAGAUGCUGAAGCCAACGGCUGGUAGACCUCUCCCCAAAGCCUUACUUGCAUGUAUGGAACUAUUCAUUAGGCGAAAGCAUGGUUUGAUUUCCGAUGAAGAAUGGGAGCUGCUUUGUCGCUUACCUUCGCACAUUGACGACUUCAAGCGGAACGGAACCUACGAGAAUAUCGAACUCAUGGCUAUGGGUGUCGGUCAGUUCUCGUCGUUGCAAAACCUCUUCGACAAGGACUUUGUUGCAGCGAUGUAUGGUCGAGUAAUGUCAAAUGCUCUGACACUGAUCACACCUACGUUAGAUCCUCUAGGUAUCAUGAUCGACCCUACACUCUGCCAUAUGAAUCACUCCUGUAACCCGAACGCAUACAUCAUGAUGGAUGGUCCGCGAGUAAGCAUUCGUACACUCCGACCCAUCAAGAAAGACAAAGAAAUCUACAUUUCGUACAUUGAUGCUACGAAUCCCUACCACAGGCGACAAGAAGAGCUCCAAUCCCGCUGGUUCUUUACCUGCCGCUGCGCCCAAUGUCAGGAAAAGGCGACUCUCCAGGAAGACAACUGGCUGGUACCAUCAAGGCCUGGAUGGGUCUUGGGAGCCGAAGUUGCGUCCAUGGCAGAAACUCAGGAGAAGCUGUUUGGUCUCUAUGCGGAACUCCAAGCAACAGAAAGCCCCCUGCUUGUUAGAGCAGCGAUCAGGCAAGCACUCAAGAUUUGCCAUGAGGCAAUGUUUCUGCCGAUUUAUCGACAACCAUAUGCUGCACUCCGCGACGACUUGAUUGUGAACUUGCUUUCCGAGGGACGUUACCAGGACGCAUGGGCGCAAUGUGCAAAGCGGUACAAGUACAUCCUUCCCAAGCUCUACCCAGUCUCGUUCCACCCGGUCCGGGUAGUACAAACAUGGCAAAUGGCGAUGUUGGCCGCAUACCUAGCAAGUACUCCAGAGGGUGUAGGUGCACCAGAGGUGAAUAUGGGUCUCAUUGCCAUGAUGCUGGUAAAGCAGGUGUUGAAUGUAGCGCACUUGAGCCAUGGGCCGGCUAGUGCAUUCACAAAGAGUGUGAAGGCCAAAGCGGAAGAGAUGACAGAAGAGCUCAAGAGGAGUCUUGGGAACGCAAACAGUGAUGUCAUGAACAGGGAGCUUGAGGUUCAGAGAGACAGGCUGAUGGAGAUGGGGCAUUGGGCUCAGGACGGCCAGAUAGAGGAACGGGCAAAGAUUCUAACACUGCACGAGAAAGCCUUCAGUGUAUGA